AUGGCAAGCUCCUUCGAAAAGUCCGUCAAGGGCGCCACCAAGAUCAAGGCCGCGCCCCCAAAGACGAAAUACAUCGAGCACAUCCUGAUAGCAACUCACUCCGGAGAGGCUGGAGUUGGCGAGGUCUUCCGCGCGCUGCAGCACCGGCUGAGAGAUUCAACAUGGACCGUUGUCUUCAAGAGCUUGAUUACUGUGCACCUGAUGAUUAGGGAGGGCUCGCCGGAUGUAACGCUGGCUUAUCUGUCAAAACAUCGGAAUAUGUUGGCAGUGAGCAUGUUCUCUGAUGCCCAGACUCAGGGACGGAACAUACGGCAUUAUUCCAACUACCUAUCGGAACGAGCGCGUGCAUAUCGUGACACAAAGAUCGACUGGGUGAGGGGCAGGGAGAGCCGCAUGGAUACGCUGUCCGUGGACAAGGGCCUGUUGAGGGAGACGGAGGCUAUUCAGAACCAGCUCACGGCCCUCCUCAAAUGCGAUGUCAUGGACAACGAGCCGGAGAACGAAAUAACAAUUACGGUCUUCAGGCUGUUGGUGCUGGAUCUGCUGGCCUUGUUCCAGGUGCUCAACCAGGCACUCAUCAAUAUCCUAGGUCACUUCUUUGAGAUGUCCAAGGUCGACGCGGAAAGAGCUAUGGAUAUUUACCGCAAUUUCACCAAACAGACGGACGUGGUCGUUCAGUACCUCGGCGUGGCCCGUCAAUACGAGCACCACACAAGGGUCGAGGUCCCUAAGUUGAAGCACGCCCCCGUGAAUCUCGGACGACAGCUGGAGGAUUACCUCCACGACACCGAUUUCGAGAUCCACCGAAGGCAGUACUUGGCCGAGUUGGAGGCCAAGAAGGGCAGAGGAGGCUCAGGGGCGUCCAAACCGUUCUUCACGAUGAAGAGCGAAACCGCUUCCAAACCAGCCUCCAACUCGCCGUUCCCCACGGCCAACGGAUCGUCGUCUACGGAAAGCAAGCCACCGCCGGCUAAGAACCCGAAUACCGACUUGAUCGACUUCUUUGACUCGAUAGAGCAGAACCAGACGCCGCUGGGCGCACAGCCCACCGCUCAGCCCGGUCAGAUGGGCAACUCGCCUUGGGGACCGGAGACUGGCUUUCAGCAGCAACAACCCACAGGCUUCCAGAAUGGCUUCGCACCACAGCAAACAGGGUUCCAGGCGACGAAUCCUUUCCAACAGCACAUGGGGAAUUUCCAACCACAGCAACAAGCCCCUCCGCCACAGCUGCAGCCUUCUUUUACCGGCGCUGGCUUCGGUGGUUACACGCCCCAGCCUGCACAGCCUGGGUACCAGAACUCGUUGGCUCCUAUACCGCAGGAGUCUGCGAUUUCUUCGUUCCAGACGGGCGCAUCAAUGCCCAACCUUCUAGCACCCCAGCAAACCACCAAUCCCUUCCGCCAAUCCAUGCUGACAGGGCAGCCGACUGGUAUGAGCGCCCAGUCCGCACCUACGAGUCCGCCUACACUUCAGCCGCAACACACAUCUACCAACCCAUUCGCUCGCUCGGCUUCGGCAACUGGCAACCCGUCUCCGUUCCAAUCUCCUCCGCCAGCCGCACCGUUGCAGCCCAUGGCCACAGGGACCAAUCCGUUUGCCAAGAACUUUGGCGCUGCUCAGCAACCGCAAAGACCAGCAACGAGCGCCGGUCUGGCACCUCAGCCGACGGGGACAACGAAUCCGUUCCGGCAGUCGCAGUUUGUCAACCACAACACGGGCAUGGGUUGGCAGCAUAAUCAACAGCCUAUCGGCGGUGGCUUGGACAACCUCCAAACGAUGCCGGUAUUCCCCAGGCCAGCGCAACAGAGCCCCUGGCAGCAGUGA